UUGAUCUGUUCCACCACUACAUCAGUUACAGUUAAGUAGAAUUAUUUGUAUUCAGUUUUGUUGUAGGCACUAAAAAAGUCCAGUAGUUAUAGAUUUAUGGGUGUCCGGGCCACCCAUAUGAAAAUUCCCUCGCUCCGCCACGGAGCCAAAACAAUAAAGAAAUCUGAAUGGCCCACGGCAUUCAUUAUUAGCUAUAGCCUACUUGUUAGGAGAGUUCAGUGAAUCACUGGCAUUUUCACCACUGCACCGCAUAAACCUGUUGAGUAGCUUUUAUAUUGACUCAGCGUCCGGAGAUAGUAUUCAUUUUCCUUGCGGAAUUAAGAUAAUCCCCAGAAAUGAACAUUCUCCUUAAGUUAUUCCUGACUGGGCUCUGUAUUACUGCAUUAGGUAUUUACAGUAUACAAAGUGGAUUACUUCAUGUUACAGAUGUCACAGGCAGAAUGUUUCCAUCAGGCAAGAGGCAACUCCAAUAUACAGUUUUUCCUAAACAAAGCAUUGGGCCAUUUCCCAGUAAAAAUCGUUCGUCUUGUUCCUGUGAUGGAUAUGCUUUAACUGUGCGGAAUGUGCAAGUGGAUGAACUGGAAGAUCUUCAGAGACGUCGGUUGGAGGAAUACCAGAAUUACCAGAUCAGGAUGGGGACAAAUAUGGACUCGAUUAUACUUGCCCAAGCCAACUCACCCCUCCAGUACCCCACCCAGGGUUUCGUAGUGCCACCUCUUACAAAAAGAUUGAUACCAGGUUUGGCUCUGUAUGCACAAAGAAGACAACUAUAUAAGGUGUCUUUGAGUGUAAAGAGUGGAGUGCUCUCAGUGGAGGAUGUUCUGGAUGAACAGCAGGUGGAUGGACAGGGUCAGAGUGAACUGAGCAUCUUAUCCAGUGACCUCACACAACUCAAUGAUCUGCUGUCCAGAGUGACAUACACCAGCACCAUCUACCAUGUCAAGACUAAAGAUCAGGUUCAUUUUUCUUUUGAGGACCACAAGGCCAUAUUUCCCAUUGUGAUCAAAAGACCCUCAGUUCCCGUUUUAUAUGACCCAGGAACAGAUAUUAACUCACAAGUAACCAUAACAACCAAGACCUUUUUGAGAUAUGAAGAGCUGAACAUCCUCAUCAACAGUAUCCGACAGCUUUACCCCAAAAUCAAGAUCAUCAUAGCAGAUGACAGCCUGACGCCAGAAAAUGUGACUGGCAGCAACAUAGAGCACUAUAUCAUGCCUCCUGCACAGGGCUGGUUUGCAGGCAGGAAUCUGGCUAUUUCUCAAGUCACCACUAAAUACUUCUUGUGGGUUGAUGAUGAUUACAUAUUCAAUAAUGAUACACGGAUUGAAAGCUUUGUGGAGAUAAUGGAGAAAGUUCCAGAACUGGAUGUGGUUGGUGGUGCAGUGGGAAGAAAUCAGUUCUAUUUCCGGCUUCAGUAUGAUGAAGGGGAUGAAGAGGAGGGCGGUUGUCUCAGACGUUUUCAUAGUAAGCACUACCAAACAGUCCCAGGCUUUAAAGGCUGCUUCUUUGUAGACGGGGUCGUCAACUACUUCCUCGCACGGACAGAUGCAGUGCGACGGGUUGGCUUUGAUCCGUUUCUGAAGAGGGUGGCUCACACUGAGUUUUUUCUUGAUGGUCUCGGAGAUUUGCUGAUUGCCUCUUGUAAAGGACUUACAGUUGGCCACCAGAAGAAACGCAAACAAAGCAAAUACAGACACUUUAGGUUUCCAGGACGAAAUGAUGGAAAAAACAAAAUGGCCCAUCAUUACUUCAAGAAUUAUAUGAAAUGCAUCAGGUACUGAGGGACUUUUGAGGAGGAAGAUGGCAAUUCUACCACAGCAAACAGAAUUUAACUUAAUGUCGAAGUGAUUGAAAGAAUGGAUAUGAGGAAUGUUCACAUGAGAAGUGUUUUGGUACUGAAAAGAGUAGUGAAACUGUUUGAAGUUUUACUUGCAUUUUAAAACAAUCAGCUAUUGAAUCAGUGGAAUCGACCAUCAACAAAAAUUUGAACCAAGUUUGUGUCUUCAUGAGAACUGAUCUAAGGGAACAAAUAUUUUCAUCAUAUUUUACACCUUUUAUAUUUAGCACUGUGCUACUGUUAUGACAUAAAAUAAAUACCUUUCAUUGAAUAUAUUAUAUAUAUUCUCAGAAAAAAAAGUGUAAAAAUUUGACCUUUUAAGGGUACAGCGGCUUAUCACUGGGCCAGUACCCAUAAAAGGAUCUUUUUUUUUUAUUAGAGUAACAAUAAGUACCUUAAAGUAUAUUAUGAACGUUUUAGGGGUUUAUGAGGAACAAAGUUGUCUUUUUAAAGAUACUGCCCCAGUGGCUAGCUGUUAUAUCCUUAAAGGUACAAUUUAUGCACAUUUUUGUGAGAGUGCAGUGGUAUAAAUAUGUGCAAUAACGGUCUUACUUUAUCUAAAAAUGCAAAAUGUUUACAGAGUGGGCACAAAAUUCACUUGAACUUGAUGUUUUCAUUUGGAGCAAGUUUUUAAUUGGGCUCCAAGCACUAAAUCAGCUGGAUCUGUGUAUCUUUUCAUAGGAGUUUUUUUUUUUUUUGUCUUCUACAAUAAUAUAAUACUAAUAAUAAUAUUUGUCUUUUUUUUUUUUUCUUUUUGAAGGGUAAAACUUUAACUUUUUUUUUUUUUUUUUUCAAAAAGUUAAAGUUAAACUGCAUGAAGGCCGUUCCUGUGCCUAAAUGUAUUAUUCUUAAUUUAAUGGUGUUGUUGUAUUGCCAUGAUAUGUAAAAUAUGUAAAAACUUAAGAACUCAGCAUGGCUCAUUAUUUUUAUAGAGCUAUGGAUGUGAAAUUUUGUAUACCUGUAUACAUUUAUGAACUUGGACAUAUAUCUUAAAUUUUGAAGGAAUAAUUGAAAGAUCAAAAUAUUGAAUAUUUAAGGAAAGUCUUAUGUAUUUGUUGUUGUUUUUUAUAUAUAUGAUCAUUGCAAUAUUUUUUUUAAUCUUAUUUAAUUCAUUCUGACAUUCUUUUACUUCUUAUUAUGGGAUUGUUGAUGUUAAAUAUGUUCUGUUGUGGCAAACUAUGGCAAUACAGAUAGAUGAAUUCUAAUACUAAUUGUAAAAAAAAAAAAAGGCUGUGAAUUAAUACAAAAUAUUAUAAAAUAUAAGUAAUACAUGCAAUUUUCGUAUAUAUUAAAAAUACAGAGAACACAUAAGAAGCUUGGAUAUUUCACCCCCAAAAUUUGCUUAUUCCCAUUUAAUAUAUUCUGAUUAGAAAGUUGAAAGAAAGUUGAUAACAGCCCUGUCUAUAGCUAACCCAUCCAUUACUGAAUCAUUUCACCUGUUGAAUCAAGGCCUUACUUGCUCACUCGCUGUUGUAUCUACAACUGGGUGGUGCAGUGGGAAACAAACUGUACUAUUUCAACACAUUGUUAUAUGUUGUAUAAAGGUCAGUUAUUUCAGACAACUUCACAGGCA